CGUUCUCUCCGAAACCCCAAACCCGAGGACGUCCCAAACCCAACCCCAAACCACUGUUCUGACAUCCAUUUUCUAAACCCUGCUAGGUUAGGGUUUGACACCUCAACCUGCCAUCCCAUGGCGACCUCGCCGGCGGCGGGCGCAGCGAUCCUCGGCACGCUGAACGACUUCACGUCGCAGAAGAAUUGGGACAAGUUCUUCGCCAUCCGCGGCGUCGGCGACAGCUUCGAGUGGUACGCUGAGUGGCCGCAAAUCCAGGCCCCGCUCCUGUCGCUCCUUCUCGAGGAGGAGGGGGCGGAUAUCCUGGUACCUGGAUGUGGGAGCUCGGCGCUCUCGGAGCAGCUCUACGACCUAGGGUUCCGCCGCAUCACCAACGUCGACUUCUCCCGCGUUAUCGUGGCCGACAUGCUCCGUCGACACGCCCGCGUGCGCCCCGAGAUGCGGUGGCGCGUCAUGGACAUGACUAACAUGCAGUUUCCAGAUGAGUCAUUUGAUUUCAUACUUGAUAAGGGAGGAUUGGAUGCUCUUAUGGAGCCAGAGGUUGGCAUGGAACUGGGGAUGAAGUAUCUAAAUGAGGCCAAGAGGGUUUUGAAAUCUGGUGGGAAGUUUGUGUGCUUUACUCUAGCAGAAUCCCAUGUUUUAGCCCUACUUUUUUCUGAGUUCAGGUUUGGAUGGGAUAUGAGUAUUCAAGCUAUAGCUGGCGAGCCCUCGAAUAAGUCUGCCUUCCAGACCUUCAUGGUGGUCAUGGCAAAAGGGAAGAUGGGUGUUGUACACACAAUAAAAUCACUACUGGAUCAGUCUGCAAAAUAUUGUAACAUGGCACAGGCAAAGGUUGUAAUUCAUGCUCUGCAAAAUGAGAAUAGAAUCCGGGAGUCACACACUUCUGGUGGUGAUAUACUUUUCUCACUGCAAGAUCUUCAGCUAGGAGCUAUUGGAGAUCUGAAUGUUAUUGUCCCAGGACGGAGGAGGCACUUAAUUCUCGGUGAACAGGGAAGUUCACUGUAUUGCUACAAGGCUGUUUUGCUGGAUUCGAAGAAUCAAACAGGAGCAUUUGUAUACCAUUGCGGAGUUUUUAUUGUGCCUAAGGCCCGAGCUCAGGAAUGGUUAUUUGCUUCAGAGGAAGGGCAGUGGCAUGUUGUUGAAAGUGCAAAAGCUGCUCGUCUAAUCAUGGUAUUUUUGGAUAGAAGACACAUGGAUUCUGACAUUGAUGUUAUUAAGAAGGAUUUAUCUCCUCUUGUUAAGGAUCUAGAACCUGAAUAUCCUGAAGAGGCAGACCCUAUACCGUUCAUGAUGGCUAGCGAUGGUGUCAAGCAAAGAGAUAUUCUGCAUGAGGUAACAUCAGAAAUAACUGGUCCUAUGGUUGUGGAAGAUGUUGUUUAUGAAAGUGUUGAUGGAGACCAAAGUUGCAUGUCUGAAAAAAUGUUCCGGCGACUUGUCUUUAAAAGAAGUUCUGGCUUGGUGCAAUCUGAAGCAUUGUUAAUCAGAGAAUCCCCCAGUGAUGAGACAGAUAAUAAGAACAAAAAAUCAUCUACAGCAUCAAAAAAGAAAAGGAGCCACAAAAAAGGUCUCACUGGAUCCAAGAGCAGUCUGAGGAUCGAUCACAGCUAUCUUGGUAGCUCUUAUCACAGUAGUAUCAUAUGCGGGCUUUCUUUAAUUGCAUCUGCUCUGAGUAAUGCUGCUUCAUCUGGAGAAAAAGUCAGCACCACCAUUGUAGGUCUUGGUGCAGGGUGUUUACCAAUGUUUCUUCGUGGAUGUCUCCCUUAUUUAGAUAUUGAGGUUGUUGAGUUGGACCCCAUAAUAGAAGAGGUAGCAAAGAAAUAUUUUGGCUUUUCAAUGGAUGAGCAAUUGAAGGUGCAUUUGGGGGAUGGAAUCAGAUUCAUAGAAGAAAAGGCUGUUCCAGACCAUAGUGCUCUAACCCAUUCUGUACCAAAUGGCAAAGACAGCAAUGCAGUUAGAAUUCUUAUUGUUGAUGUUGAUUCAUCUGACCUAAGUUCUGGGUUGUCUUGCCCACCAGCAAACUUUGUGGAAGAUCAUUUCCUUACGUCAGCAAAAAAGUUCCUUUCAGCUGGGGGCCUAUUUGUCAUCAAUUUAGUCGUUCGGUCAUCUACAGUCAGGGAAAUGGUCGUUUCACGACUGAAAGCGGUCUUUGAGCACCUGUACUCACUUCAACUGGAAGAAGACGUGAAUGAAGUUCUGUUUGCGUCCUCGAGUGAAAGAUAUUUGGAGAUCGAUCACCUGGAUGGGGCUGCAACCAAACUGAAGGCUAUGCUGAAAUUCCCUGUGGACUUAGAAUCGGAUAUACAGAAUUUGCAGAAGCUGCAGUAGCGUAGGCGUGUGUUGUUGAAAGCACCAUCCAUUUGUACUAGGCAUAGUCGGUAAACGGGUGUUGUUUUUAUUUGCAACAAAAGGUAGGACUAAAAAGGAGGUAUAGAUCCAUUUUUUACGUUGUAUUUUGUUGCCAAAAUUGGUAAUAGUAAAGCAAUGUGCAAUCUGCGGGAACGUACUUCUUACUGUACGCAGUUCUCAGACAGAUUGGCAUUACAGCUUACAAUACGGCGACCCAGCUGGCCAGCUGUAAUUUCAUGCCUGCCAGCUGUUUACUGGUCUUACCAGUGCCCAUGGUGGUCGAACGAGGGAGAAAAGCACCGGUUUCAUCAAA